AAAAAAGGAAACAAAAUGCAAAACGCCCAUUUGGUUAGUACUGCGAUCGUGGCUAGUGUGCAGUGUGCCAGUGUGUGAUCUGGACUCGUUAAGCUUUUUCCUCUUUCAUCAAACCCGCCUGCAAGAGAGCAAGGUGGUUAUGGCGGGGGAGCGAGUGUUGGAGUACCGGGCGAGGGACGACGACGCUUGGUACAGUGUGCACGUGGCGGUGAAAGGCGACACCCUGACGAUCCAGUUCCAGGGCCUGCAGGAGACCGACAAGUUCGUAGCUUCAAAUUUCGAGUCCGAGGAGGAUAUUGACGGCGUCGUCCAGAGGUUCCGGGAGGUUUCGCCGCAGCUUCAGGACAACGAGUGCGGCAGAGUCACGGAAGGCUCCCUGGUUUGCGCGGCAUGCCACGAUUCCUACCGGGAUGACAUGCGCUACUACGAUGCCCUCGUUGAAGCAGUGCACCGCAAAAAGCAUUCAUUAGUCAAUGGACAAGAGGAAUGUUUAUGCGAAUUUGUACUAUCCUGGACUCAUGGUCCUAAAGAGGGUCUUUUUACCAUUGCUGGUGUUGCUAGCAUAUGUACUAUAAAGGAUGAUUGCCAGGUUGAUCAACAAAUUGCUUCCUUCUCAAAAUUGGCAAAAGAUAAGCUUCAAGUUUCUUCUCGCAAAUCUACUGCUAUUCCUAGGAAUAAAGUAUCAGCACUCAAAGGAUCAGUGCUUGCUAAAGGAGGGAGUCACCUGUCCAUUGAUCAGAAGGCAACUUCAUCUCAGGACAUUCAGAACGGCUGGAAGUUAGAUGAUGGUAAAGGUGAAACCAAAAACACAGGAACUAUGAGCAACCAUGAUGCUAAUCAGGAUCAAGAUAAAGAUCUUGGUGGUGAAACUUUAAAUAGCCAUUUCAUCUUAAUUGGAAACUUGGAGAGAACCUUAUCUCCCUCAUCAAUAAGGGAGUUUAUAUAUAGGCAUACAUUUAUUUCCCCACAAGCAUAUAUACUUCUAAGUUCGUCAACGCCCUUUGCAAGAGCUGUUAUCGUGCUGGACUGCAAGAAGCAGCAUGAGAAGGUGUACCGAUUUCUCGACAAUCCUGAUCACUUCGUUGUGUCUAUGAGGGGAAGGCCAUGGGUUGUAAUUGAAAGUGUUUCAAAGCAUGGAAUGCAUCGGACCUCACUCGGGAGUGUAGUCCGCAAAAUUCAGGAAAAACACGAUGACAUUUACCUUGAUAAUGAACUAAUGGUGGUCCGUUCUGGAACUGAAGCUUACAAAUGCGCCCAACAGUUAAGGGAUUUGUUUAUGGAGUUGCAUAACCACGAGAAGCAACUGUAUAGGAGGUUCGUUGAGGAAGAAAUGAGGAUUUUGCAGCCUCUUCUUUCCAACGAAGUAUCUACCUGAUUGAAUCCAGUGGUACAUAAUGUCUGAACAAGUUCUAAUCAAUUCAUUUGCUUCUCUUGUGCAGCCCUUUUAUCAGUGCCAAGUUAGCCUGCGAAAUAGUGUCCAUGUUCUGUUACAGUUUUGUGCAUUUCAUGAAUAUUACCCCUUAGUUUUGCCAACAUCAUACCAUAAUGAGUUUUGUAACCUGUGGAACUAUUCUCUCAAUAUGAGAUUUCAUAGCAAAUUAGUUGAACUUUUAUAUUGGAUUUGAUACCAAAUUGAUUAAAGUUUGAUGUAAUUGUGAAA